CGGUGGGUUCGCUGAGGAGAUUACCAACGUCCGGUUAUUCAAACAAACUGUAGCCGUUGUUCAGCAAAGCUGCGCUCAAAGCCAUCUGCAAUUGAGCCGUAUCUUUUACCCAAACUUUUAUUUUUGUGAACAGCGUCAAGACGGCCGAAAGCUAAAAGUGAAAGGACAUUUAUUUGAUUAAAUCAACCCUCUUGUAGAGAAUCCAACAGGCCCACUGCUUGCUAAAAACCACGGUUUGCGUUAGACCUCGUGAAGGUAUCGUGUAAAAAAAAAAUCGCCAAGCUUGUCACUGGCUUAAGAAACGCUCAAUUUUCGAAUGGAAUGGUGUUUUUUCAGCGCAACCUGGGAUGUUGAAGAAAUUAGACGUCGACAAGACACGAGCCGCACAAGUUACGGAACGAGCCAAUGAGCAGGGAUGUGGUUAUCAUGUGAUCUAAUUUCCGCGUGUACUUAUCUUUGUGACGUCAUGCCAAUCGUGCGUCACAAAAUCUACGAUGAUUUGAUGAAUCGAUUUCAAAUAAUUUGAAGACAUUUUCGCUUUAAAAAUGUGAAAGGUUUGCGAGAGCAUGUGUUGGUUUUUAAGGUUAAGAUUAGCAAGCCAUAGGAAAGCCGCUGAAAAAAAAGCUCAAAGCCUCAAAAGUUCCAUGACUCAGUCGUUCAAUAAAUUCUCGUCUUCAAUGUCAUCGAUGACAGGUGAAGGUAGCAGACGCGGGAAGCAACCUGGCCGUCCGGCUGGUCAGAGAAAGACUGGGAAGACACAGACAAAUGCCCCACUUAUUGAUCCAAACGGGAAACGGGCCAAGUCAAAAAAGCCGUCAAACAAUCAUACUGAAGUCAAACGGAAAAAGAAGAAACAAAAGGCAGCUUCUGCAGGCCUGCCAAGUUUACCCGAGAGUAUUACAAACACUUUACCCAGCCUGUGUAAGAUAUUCAAGAAGCCACAACGUCAACAAGGUACGAGCACACCAAGUCGGGAGUUCCGGAAACAUUACAUGUGUCAGACUUGGGAUGACAAUUAUGUACAAAUUAGUCCUCUUCACGACAUUAUGGAAGAAGAAGAAGAAGAAGAAGAAGAUGAUGAAUUUUAGAUAAAUAAAAAAGAAAACUCCGGCGCUCAAUAGAUAGGAAUUGUUUUAGGUGAAUCCCGGUGUUGAACGACCUGUUGUUCAACGAUGCGCUAAAGACACCAUUUGUACCAAAAGUGUAACAAGUUUUUUUGAACUCGAAGAAGUUAGAUUGUCAUUUUUGUUUUUCUUCAAUGGACUGUUCUGUUUUUAAUUUGAAACAGAAAUUAAAGUUUUAAAAAUUG